AUGCGGCAACUGCCUCAAGCACGGCGUGGCAUGCGAUUUUCAGAACCCCGACAUCGUCGAAGAUCUCGUCGCUACCGCCUCAGCACCAUCGCCGGCAGCCCCCGCCUCGACAACGGCCUCAGCGGCAGACGCCUCGACGCCCGCCUCCUCUCCCACCAUACCAUCGCUCAGCGACCUCAAGACACCGUUACAAGGCGUCACAUCACCGGCCCUGUCAUUUGCCACACCUCUCUAUACCAUGCCGUCGACGCCCACCAUCAGCACCAAGUCCCCGACGAACCGUCUCCUCGAGCUUCGCCUGAUGCACCACGGCGCAACUAUCUCGCCGACGCCAUGCUCGCCGUCGCCGCCCUUCACCUCCGCUCCUUCAACCCCGACGACAAGGACCUCGCCCGCGCCUCCCACUCCUACAUGGCCUCGUCUCUGUCCGCGUACUGCGCGUCUCUGAACGAAGGGAUCAACGAGUCCAACGCCGAGGCCCUCUUCCUGACAGCCACCCUCAUUGCCUUCCAGUCGUCUGCCUCGCGCAUCUUCAUCCGCGACGACGCGAACCCGGCCGACCCCUCGAGCGUCUACACGCUGCCGCUCUCGUGGUUCCACGCCUUCCAGGGUGUCAAGACGGUCGUCGCCUCGUCCUGGCCCUGGCUCCGCUCCUCGGGCAUCGUCAUACCCAUCAUCGACUCGCAGCCCGUGCUGCAGCUGGACCUCGACGGCUGUGCCCCUACGUCCUUCUUCGGCCACCUUCUCGCGGACCUCGACGACGAGCUCGCCACCGAGCCGUGCCCCGUGACGGUCAUGGCGACCAAACAGACCUAUCUCCACGCCGUCGCCGUCCUCAACUGGGCGCACAAGAUCCCGCACCGCGGCGCCGCCCUCGCCUUCCCGGCCACCGUGUCGAAGCGUUUUCUCGACCUGAUCGAGGCCCGCCGUCCGCGCGCCCUCGUCGUGCUCGCCUGCUUCUUCGCCUGCCUCAAGAGCAUCGAGAACGUCUGGUGGCUGCACGGCGCCGCCCGCCGCGAGGUCAUGGGCAUCGUCUCCCAGUUCGAGGCCGCGAGCCCCUGGUGGGCCCACCUCGAGUGGCCCGUCCGCAUCGCCCUCUACGACGGCGCCGUCAUCCCGCCCGACGUCUGGGGUGCCGACUGGGUCACGGAGGAGGGCAAGACGGACAAGGGCUCCACCAUGCUCAACGAGACGUUUGUCAACCACAUCGAGAUCCUUGCCGGCAUGCUGGCCAAGGCCCAGUCGCUGCCGCCGAUCCCCAUCCCGGGUGAUGCGGUUCUCGGGUGA